AUGCAAGCAUCGCUGACCAUCGAGAGUAACAGAGCAAUAAAGGUGGAUCUGAUCUCGGAAGAGAAUAUACCUGAACAACUUCGAGACAGAAAUUCGCAUUGCAUGAUCUCGCCAGUUCGCAUAACAGGAGAAUUGCAGAAAAACUUCGAGAUCGAGCACGUUCAAGUUGUUCAAGCCUCGCUGGACAGAUCGACACCGCCCGGGCAGAAUAAUAAAUUGAGUAGGAGAAAUGCAAUAUCCCGACCUCGACUGUUGAGAACAACAUUCUCUUCGUCGGCAACCAUGGUGCCAACCACGCUUUCCGCCAUCACAGCUGUCCCAGCAGCCGGCCAGCAGAUCCUCCACGAAGGCAAGGAAUACACGACCGUACAGGAAGGAUUGGCGUAUAUCCUUACGCCAGCUUCAGGCCCCGCCGUUCCGCAGACAGCUCCUAAGGGCGACAAUCAACAGCAAUCUGUGUUUUACAAUCCUAUUCAGCAAUUCAAUCGAGACUUGAGUGUUCUGGUGAUCAAGGCGUACGGGGAGGCGCUGUUAGAAAAGAAGCAACAGGAUGUCGAGAAGCAUAAGCAGAGGAUUGCUGCGCGAAAGGAGGAGAGAAAGCGGAAGCGGGAAGAGGAGGGGCUGAGUGAUGUUUCGAGGAAGGCAAGCAAAGUGGAUAAUGGAUCGCAUCCACCAAAGCGAGAGGCUGAACAAGGAGAAGAUGGCAAUGAUACGGUCAUGAGGGAUACAGAAGCUCUUGCUACCAAAGCGGGAACAACUGCUCCUACGGACGAAUCAAUCCUGGCCGUCACAGAGAGCCGCGCUGCCCUUCCGACCCCAGAAAAUGGAACAGAAGCUCCAAAACCCAAGCCGACAGGAAAUGCUCAAUCUGCCGAGAGCAAGAAGGAUAAAUUCACUUUCACAAUCCUUGACGCUUUAUCUGCCACUGGACUAAGAGCCCUUCGAUACGCCCAAGAGAUCCCUUUUACCACUUCCAUCACGGCGAAUGACCUUCUACCGGAAGCUACGAAAACGAUUGAAUUGAACAUCAGACACAACAAAUUACAGGGCAAGAUAACGGCCGUAACUAGCAAUGCCAUGGCACAUAUGUACAGCAAAUUGGGCGAGGACUGCAGAGACGAAAAGGGUAGACCUCAGCCCUCCACAAAAUACGACGUGAUCGACCUAGAUCCGUACGGAACAGCGGCCCCGUUCUUGGAUGCAGCAGUACAGGCAGUUCGGGACGAUGGUGGACUUUUAUGUGUGACUUGCACCGAUGCUGGAGUCUGGGCAUCGAAUGGCUACCCGGAGAAGGCUUUCUCGCUGUAUGGAGGAACUACGAUCAAGGGACCUCAAUCGCAUGAGGGUGGACUGAGACUUAUCUUGCAUGCAAUUGCAGCCUCCGCAGCACGGUAUGGCCUUGCUAUGGAACCUUUGCUGUCCCUCUCCAUUGACUUCUAUGCUCGAGUCUUCGUUCGCAUCCAUAAGUCACCAGCCGAUGUCAAAUUUCUGGCUGGUAAGACGAUGGUUGUAUACAAUUGUGAUACCGGCUGCGGAGCCUGGACCACGCAGACAGUGGGAAAAAACAAACUGCUGGGGAACAAGAAGGGCGGCGGUCACUACUGGAAGCAUGUUUACGGUCAAGGGCCAUCAGUUGGCGAAACUUGCCAACAUUGCGGAUCCAAAACUCACAUCGCAGGACCCAUGUACGCUGGCCCAAUCCAUGAUCCCGAUUUCAUCAAGCGGAUACUAGAUGGGCUGCCAAAUGUUUCCAAGGACACAUACCACACGACUACGCGGAUCGAGGGAAUGUUGAACCUCGCCAUGGAGGAAAGCUUCCUCGACGUUGAGGAUCCUGACUCGCCAACGGCGAAAUCGAAAACCGGGAGGUGGGAUCCUGCGGCCCUAGAUCCUGCCCCGUUUCUAUUCAUCCCAUCCACCCUCUCCAAAGUCAUCCACUGCGUCACACCUAUCGAAAAUGCCGUUCGAGGCGCAAUCAUCCAUCUCGGAUACCGCGUCACGAGAUCUCACACCAAAGCUGGAAGUCUCAAGACAAAUGCGCCCUGGGAGGUCAUUUGGGAGAUCAUGAGAGAGUGGACGAGGCAGAAGGCGCCGAUCAAGGAAGGUGCGCUGAGGGAAACCACGGCGGGUUACCGGAUUAUGCAAAUGGGGAAAGCGAAGAAAGCAGACCAGGCUGGGAUGGACGGUGAUGCGGAGAAAGAUGCGCCAGGUGAAAAGAAAUUUGAGGUUGUGUUUGACGAGAAGUUGGGGGCGGAGAAGGAUAAGAAGAAGCUGGUGAGGUAUCAACUGAACCCGAGAGAGAACUGGGGCCCGAUGGCGCGAGCGAAAGGCCACACCUCGUUAGCUAGCUGUCCGCGCUAUCAACCAAUGAUGGCAAGUGCCGUAUUUGGUCAUUGGAUCCUCGCUUCUCCUUGCCCGAGUCUCGUUAGCCAAGAAUCCCAGGCUGCAGCCUCUAGCGAAGUCAACAAAGGCCCGCGCCAGCGCCGUUCUAAAGGGUAA